UUUCAUAGGAAAUACCCUCAUAUCCCUCUGAUGAACAUGCCACAGAAUCGUCUGUGGGUAAAAAAGGAACUGAGGUUGUUGGGGUCUAUACAACUGAUGACGAGCCUAAUCAUACAGAGCCUGGGAUACUUCUGGACAUACCUGUAUUUUUCUCAAAGUCUUGUAUUUGGAAUAGGAAGUGAGUAUUUUCCAGUCAUUGGAACUUCAGGAUACUCACUUUGGUCCUCUUUGCUUUUUAGCCUAUCAGGAAGCUUUUCAAUAGCAUUACAGAGGAGGCCUUCAAAUCACAUGAUGAUCUGGACUUUUACAAUGAACAUCUUAAGCAUCAUGGCAACACUAAUAGGUGUAUUCUUAAUAUCAUUCGAACUGCAAAUGACUUCGAAGUUAAAAUCUCCUUUGUGGCAAUAUAGAAGUGCUAGGAUGCUUACAGAAUAUCUCUUCCUGUUCACUGCCUUGGAGUUGUUUGUGGCAUCCAUAGCAACUGAGUGGACCUAUAAAGCAAGACAAACAGAAGACUAAAACAGUUCCCAGAGGAAAACACACCUUUUCCUACAUGUUAAAAGAAGUAUCAUGGCCUGAGUCAAGGAGAAAAGUGCAAUGAUGAGUGAAGAACUUCACUUAACUCAAGGGACUGCUCAGAAGUGGAAUUGUAUUGUCUGCCUCAGUAUUUCCUCUCCUCCAUUUCAUUAAUUAAAAAAUGAUAGCAAUGAA